AUGUCAAUGAACAUCAAAUCUAUCCUUGCUAAGUACUCAUCCAACUUACGCAGAGACUUCCUUGCCAUCCUAGUUAAGCUUUCUGCCAAGAAGCUCAACAUGUACACAGUCAGAAACGACUGGAGAACUAAAAAAGGAAUGCUCGACUUUCUUGAGCGUAAUUGGGAAGCUAUUAGCAAGUUUAUUGUCUCCGACCCCGCCAUCAGUUGGUUCUGCAAUAACUACUCAAAUAUGGCUCAGGCAUUUACUGAUAGAAAAUUUGCCUUCUUCAUUCAAGAUAACUGGAGUUCAGUUGGCGACAUUCUUUCUAGGGCUGAUGUCCUAACGAUCCUCCAGUAUCAAAAGCCAGUUAUUAAGCAGAUGCUCGAGACAAAAGAUCCAGUUCAAAUUCCACCCAUCUGGGCUCAGUUCCAGCCAUCUAGAGAUCUCUUCCAUAUCAUAAAAAUGUACAAGACAGGAUCUCCUGUUGAAUCUCCUAAGGUUUCUCCUUGCAAUUCACCCCGGCUGGACACAACCGAGGAAACUAUUGAUUCGUUCCCCCAAAUGAACGAAUAUGACUUUGGGAACUUCGAACCUGACCUUGUUGAUCCAGGAUUCUUUGAUCAGCAGUUUAUAUUUUCCGACGAAUAA